UCAGCCGAGGCGGUUAAAUAAGCAAAUUUGAGCCACAAGCUGAUAAGGAUGAGUCGCAAAGAAGCCCUUUCGUCUUUUAUUCAACAAAUUCACGCCAGGCCUGUUGUGGUCAAGUUGAAUAGUGGUGUAGAUUACAGAGGUGUUUUGGCUUGUCUCGAUGGCUACAUGAACAUAGCGUUGGAGCAAACCGAGGAAUACGUCAACGGACAACUCAAAAAUAAAUUCGGGGAUGCGUUUAUUAGGGGCAACAAUGUGCUCUACAUAAGUACACAAAAACGUAGAAUCUAAUGUAUUUUUUGUAAUAAAAACGUUUCAAAACUCAAA